UGCAUUCGGUCGACGCUCAUCUCCGAAGCAACAUGAAUCUGGUUUCGAUGAUUCUGGCUGUAGCAAUGGCCCUAACAUGCCUGGUGAGCUGGAGCACCGCCAUGCCUGAGCCUGACCCCGUAGCUUUCCCUGACCCCGUGGCCGACGCUGAUCCAGUGGCUGACCCUCAAUUUGGAUCGCGUGGCUUCGGAUUCUCUGGAUUUGGGGGUCGUGGAGGCUAUGGAAACGGAGGUAUUGGAGGAUUCAGAGGUCGUGGAAGCUAUGGAUACGGAGGUCGUGGCAGCUAUGGAUUCGGAGGUCGUGGAUAUGGGGGUCGUUACGGCUAUGGACGUGGCGGCUACUACGGAUAAUCGACUUCCUGACACCACACUCUUCCAUUUCACAACAUGACAGAUCACCAACUGAAGUCUGUUGCUUAUUGAGAACAGGUUUAAGUGC